AUGGACCUUCGAACAGGAGAUAGUGACCUCUCGCCGCCGGCGCCGGAGAAGAAGAAGGAGAAGAACGUGUACAGGGGCAUCCGGCGGAGGGCACGGGGGAAGUGGGCGGCGGAGAUUAGAGACCCAAGGAAGGGCGUGAGGGUCUGGCUCGGCACCUACAGCAGCCCCGAAGACGCAGCCCGCGCCUACGACGCCGCCGCGCGCGAGAUACGCGGGAAGAAGGCGAAGCUCAACUUCCCCGCCGGGAAGCCGGCGGCGCCGUCGGCGCCGUCGGCUCCGGUGAAAUCUGACGGUCCCGUGGCGGCGGAGCGCCGCCCGUCCGAUGCCCAGGUGAAGCAGCGGAUCUCAAGCCUAGAACACCUGCUGGGCCUGGAACCCGAGGAGGAGCCUCGCGGAGACGAGGCGGCGGCGAUCGGCGGCGGCGGCGGAGCUCUAGACGCUCUCGAUCUCUCCGACGACGUCGCCAUGGCCUUGGAGAGCAACCAUCACUUGCUGGACUUGUUGCAUAAUCUCUGA